GUGGAUAGGAUAAGGCGAGCCAUUAGGCGCGUGAGACGACGAACCCCAGUGCCGAGCAGAGCAGCGAGCAAGUGAGCCAUGCUAGCCUCACCGGCGCUCGCCGGCGCCACCCACUCCUUCCCCGCCUUCGUGUCAGGAAACCACCUCCCGUCCGCCUACGCGCCCUCGCACUCGCCGGCGCGGCGGGCCUCCCUGGUUGUCCUCGCCAAGGCCAAGGUGUCCACGCCCCAGGCCGACCGCAUCGCCCGCCAUGUCCGCCUCCGCAAGAAGGUUAGCGGCACCACGGAGAGGCCAAGACUCAGCAUUUUCCGCUCAAACAAGCAUUUAUAUGCUCAGGUGAUCGACGAUACAAAGUCGUGCACUCUGGCUUCAGCCUCAACAAUGCACAAAUCUCUUUCAAAGGACCUCGAGUACUCUGCUGGGCCAACAACUGAAGUGGCACAAAAGAUUGGCGAGGUGAUUGCCAAGUCUUGCUUGGAGAAGGGAAUUACCAAAGUUGUUUUCGACCGAGGGGGUUUCCUGUACCACGGCCGCAUCAAAGCACUUGCUGACGCUGCUAGAGAGAAUGGACUUGAAUUCUGAAUCUUCUGUAUUUCUGUUGAUAUUUCCAGGAUCGCAUGUAAUUUUCUCUUUUUUCGGUCCCACCCGUUGAACUAAGAUCUUUUUGUAGUUUGAGUCGCUCUGCAGACAUGGCCACUCUUUAAUUUUCUGAUCUUUGUACCAACAUUGAAUCAACUUUGCAAAUGGAAAUUUCGUUUUGUAUUU